CAUCCACCUCAUCGCCUUCCUCCCUUGACUCAGCUGCUCUGGCCUCCCUGGAGCUGUAGGGGUCAAUUUAGGGUGCCCCAGGCCCCUGACCUUAUUAAGUGCCUGUAGCAGAAACAUGAGGGCCUGGAGCCUUCUCCUCCUGGUGGGCCUCCUGGCUUUGGGGAGCCAGCUGCCUGCUGCCUCCGCCAGGAAGAAGGGAGAGAAAUUUGGGGGCUGCCCACCGGACGAUGGACCCUGUCCCCUCUCGGUGCCUGACCACUGCAUGGAUGAUAGCCAGUGUCCCUCAAGGAUGAAGUGUUGCUACAAAGCGUGCUUCCGCCAGUGUGUCCCCAUGGUCUCCGUGAAGCGGGGCAACUGCCCCGAGGACCGCCUGCGCUGCCUCAGCCCCAUACAGCACCUAUGUAACAAGGACUCAGACUGCAGGGGCUCCAGUCGGUGCUGCCUCGGGGCCUGUGGCCGAGACUGUCGCAACCCUGUCCAAGGCUAAUUCUGGUUUUGGACCCUCAGGAUGGGGUCUCUAGCAGGAAGAGAUGUUGAUGGGGGCCUGGGACCCUGCCACCUGGACACCUCUGUCUCUGCUUGCAGCAGUUCCAACCUUCUGAUGAGCACUGAUCUGCUGACCCCUCCCUUGCCACCAUCCACCCCUGGUUUCUCCUCCUGGGAGUCAAGGUGCACAGAUAGACUCCCAUCAUGCUGCACCACCGCCCCAUCUCUUUGCGUGUUUCUCCACCUAAAAUGCCCAACUCAGGUAGGCCCCUCUUUGAGGGGUCCAAACCGCUCCCUGAGGCAGCCCAGCCACUUUGAACGUAUGUUCUAGCAGAGUUUUCCAGACAUUUUCUAUUUGCAUACCCCUUUGUACUGUUCUUGCCACACCUGCAAAACAGCAUCAUGAUAUCUUGUGUACUGCCUACACUACUAGUUAUCUAAUGUCUCUCUCUGAAUGGACUCACUUUGGUAUAUAAAUAAGUUUAUUUCAAAAGAAAACCUUGACAUCAUCACUAUAAAUGGAAUAGGCAGGAUCACUUGCCACAAAUAAAAUGUAGUUGUAAAAGCAAAUGCAGUGAAAAUUGCUAAGGUCCACUAAAGUAAAAG